AUGAGCCAGAGUGUUUGGCAUCCGUCCACCGCUCCACCACCUCCUCCUCCGUCGUCGGCUUCACUGGAGACCGUGGUCCGAGAAGCCACGUCGCUACCCUCCAACACCGCCAGGUCCAUGUUUGGGACCAGUCGGGAAGACUCGGUCAACACGGUGAGUAAAAGUCAUCAAAAACUGAAAGGGUUAUUGUGUCACAUAUGAUGUCUUGAGGGUGAUGUCAGGCAAUAUACGGUAAAGCUUGACUCAAAUUUGGUCGAAAACUUUGUAGAAAUGCCAUUAUUUAAGUUAAGCUUGUUUUUCUGUGAACUUCUUUUUUUAUUUUUACUAAUUCCACAACAAAACCAGUACAAUAUAAACAGAUAUGUUAAGUAUUGAAACAAGAAGACCGUUGGUAUACUGUAAAGACCUCUAUUUAAAAUCAAUUUUAAUGAGUUAUAAUAUAAUUUAAUCGUUUAGGAGGAAUUCCAUCCCUUCGUCGAAGAGUUGUUACCGUAUGUCAAGGACUUCAGCUUCGUCUGGUUUAACCUACAAGCGGCCAAACGGAAGUUUAUGAAGCGAUGUAACCGAAGGAUGAGCGUGGAAGAGGAGAAGCGGACCAAGGAUCAGAUAUCAGUAAGCUUAUCACUUCUUUGUUCUGUGUUCAGGAAAUACAUUGUCAACUUUAAAGUAAAAACUGAAAAGACUUCACAAAGUAAAUCAAGGUCAAUCAGAAGUUUUUACCACAUUAACCAAAAGCCAUAACUAUAAUAAAAUCCUUGCCUUUAGGGGGUUAGUGCCGAUAUAAAGCAGAAAUGGGCUGGUCGACUGUUGGGCAAGUUGAGGAAGGAUAUCCAGCCUGACUGCAGAGACAGCUUCGUCAGGUCUGUGGUCGGGAAAGAACCUUCUGCUUGUGUCUACAGUAAUCCAGACCAAAAGGGGAAAAUGCGACGGAUCGACUGCCUGAGGCAAGCGGACAAAGUAUGGAGGCUGGAUCUGGUUAUGGUUGUACUCUUCAAGGUAAGUGUCAUAAUAUACGCAAUAUUACUCACAAAUUUAAUCUAUAUACCGUAACGUAACUUUCUCAGCCUACUUUUAAAAAAUAGUGUAGCAUAAAAUAUUUAGAUCUAUCUGAAGGGCAAUUCUGCGUCAUUUUAGACGAAAUUCACUUGAUAAUUGACUUCAGGGUAUCCCACUAGAAAGCACGGACGGGGAACGCCUCGAGAAGUGUGCCAACUGUGAGUCGCCCUCGCUUUGUGUCAAUCCCUACCACAUUAGUAUCGCUGUCAGAGAGCUGGACUUAUUCUUGGCAAACUACAUCUUCACAUCUAAUCCUGAUAAGCCCGAGGAGCUGAAGCGGGCCGAUGACGAGGUGGGAUUAAGCGAAGGGAUUUGGGGGACAGGCGUCUUCAGCGCGUUCGAACUUCGAGGACUCAUCAAACGUGAGCUUUUUGACUACUACAAUCCUUAAUUGACUUUAUUUACGUAAAACAUCGCACAUAUGCUGAAUUUAUUGUAGUAAAACAGUAGUUGUUUUAUAGAGACUACAAUUUAUUUUAGCUUUCAUAUUAUUAUCGAUCAUUUACCAAUCGUUUUCAUUCAGACUCGAUUCUCCAAGGCGGUACAGUAAUCAGUAACUGUAACUCGGGCUCAGUUUCUCGAGAUGAGUUUGGAGAUUCGAAUUCAAGUUGGAUAUCGCCAAUGGGGUCGCUGUCGGCCGAAACUCCCUCUCCCAAUGGUUCGGGGAGGAAGGGCCUUCUGAUGGAUAAGGACGAUGAUUCUCCACCGUCCAAAAAGUCUAGAGUCGCAUCUGGAUCUAGUUCGACCAGUCGGAAAAGCCUCGAAUUGUUUGAAGGUAAGUCCGAAGAACAUCUUUUAUUGUUUUUAAGAAUUUAAAGAAAGUUGCGAGAACUUUUGAUUUCAACAUUAUCUAUAUUUGUUUUUAGACUUCCAAAAAUUGGAAAGCUCUGAUAAACCAGGUCCUUUGCUAAAAACCGACGGCGGAAUUUCACCCAUUAUUCAGAAUCCAAACGCUCCAGAAGACGGUCACAAUAUCAACGGAGAGCUGCGGGUCAAUAUCGGACAUCCUGGCUUUUUAUGUCACACGGUAAAAAAAAGAUAAAUAACAAAAGUUCUGACUAAAUUUAAAGUUUCAUUCGCGAUCAAAGCCUGCGAUACUUUACUGUUCAGCCUCUUACAUCGAUGAAAUGUAAAUUAUCCUAAAAAAUAUUACAAAUUACAGCAGAACAUCAUGCGGAGCAGCCCCUAUUCCACAGCUUUAAUGUCGCCAGUUCAGUUCCUCGGCGCCAUGAACAGUCAGUCCAACAGUCGAAUGCUGGACCAGGCAGCCUUGGUGCAGUCCAUGCUUCAGAAGCAGAACCAGAAGACCUGUAAGUCAAGUUAGAUAGUCUUUCCAUUUCUAGUGUCAUCUCAAUUCAUGCAAUACCUGAACGAGAACAACAAGCCUCUCAUCCAGAACCAGCCCCAGCUCACUUCGUCCGUGUUGCAAGCUGUCGCGGCCAGGUCCAAAGCAUCUCCAACCACAACGUAAGACAUCUAAAAAUUACAUUCUCGGUCAAAAAGUUCGUAGCAUUAAAAAGUAAAGUGAUGUUAGUUUCAAGUUUAUCAAGUAUAAUUAAAGCAAAUACGUUUUCUAUUUAUUUUUAGACGAAAACAUUAGAGAGAAAAUAUAUUUUGGCCAAAUGCGGACAAACAAAAUUUUGUCCGAUGUAUUUUCCGUUGGGCGCAGUUCAGGAAAAACGCGCAGGCUGCGGGAAAAAGUUAUACCGAAAAUUUGAAUAGAAAACUAAUAAUAUAUUUUGACAAAGUGAGAAUAUAGAAAUCCCGUCAAGGAGGUCGGCUUUAAAGGUCAUUUUAAUCUCGUAACAUUAUUUUUAAAGAUUAAAUUGCAGGGAUUCAUUAAAGAUUAAAUUGCAGGGAUUCACAGAAUCUUCAGAAUCUGUUGACGUUGUCGUUGACGUCGAUGCAAGAUACUCUACAUUGCCCAAGUAGAGCUCUCAAUUCUUCUAACUCAGUAAGUUGCAGCACUAUAUGGAAAGAGUUUUUUUUUAUUUUCAAAAUUUGAGAAUUUUUGUUCGUAAGCUUUUGCAAAACCUUUGAAAACGGCGCUAGGACAAAUGCGGUUUUUGGACAUUUGCGGAUUUUUUAAAGGGGUUUUUUAAUUUUUUAUUUAAUUUAGUUGUAGUAUGGUACUAAAUGGUACUAAAGUUUAAAUUGGCACUGUCUUAAUAUUUCUUAAUGUUAAAUAGCACUAAAUUUUUAAUCGGUACUGUUUUUAUAUUUUUGGUACUAAAUAGUACUAAAAGCCCAAAAAAGUACUGUUAUGUUAAAACCGUACCAAUUCAAACUUUAGUACAAUUUAGUACCAUAAUACAACUAAAUUAACUAAAAAAUAAAAAAAACCUUUAAAAAAUCCGCAAAUGUCCAAAAUCCGCAAGUGUCUAAAAACCGCAGAUCCGCAAAUGUCCAAAAACCGCAUUUGUCCUAGCGCCUUGAAAACUAUAAUUCAAUGUUAAUACUUUCAGAUUUAA